AGCCUUUUCUCAAGCUUCAUUCUUGGCACGGGAGAGAUUUCUGCAUCAAACCCUUCUCUCUUUCUCUCUCUCUCUCUCUCUCUCUCUCUCUCUCUCUCUCUCUCUCUUCGUCUCCUUCUCUCUUCUUGCCUUCGUUAACGUUGGCUUUCUGGGCUACGGAUUGUACAGUUUGGGGCGUAGCGCUUCGUUGCAUCAUUAUUCCAGGCUCAUAUUAUUGGCAGUUGGAUGAUUUUGCACCGAAAUCAAGUAACACAUGGCUUCAAGUAUGCUACCGGCUGAACGAAGGUGGACUUCUACAAGGAAAUCUGGCAUGACAGUGUUGGGAAAAGUUCCCAAACCCAUUAACUUACCUAGUCAGAAGUUAGAAAAUCAUGGGCUGGAUCCUAAUGUUGAAAUUGUUCCCAAGGGUACGCUUACAUGGGGCACCCGGCCAUUGUUGGCUGCAUCAAGUGCAUGGGGCUCCUCAAAUUUGUCAUCUCCUCGGGCUGAUGGUAAUAUGGGUUCACCAAUCCAUGCUAAUGGUCGUCCAUCAUCUGGUGGAAGUGGUACUCGUCCAUCAACUGGUAGUAGUGAGAGGUCUAGUGAGCCUGUUUCUAGUUCAUGGGGUUCAAGUUCACGCCCAUCAUCAGCAUCAGGGAUACUUCCAUCCAGCCAUAUGUCAGUAGCUGCAAAUCGUCCACGAAGUGCUGAGACUAGACCCAAUAGCUCUCAUUUAUCGCGAUUUGCAGAAAGUUCAACUGAUGGUAUUGCAUGGGGAGCAGCAGGAACUUCGGAGAAAUUUCAGUCUGCUGAGGUAUCCAAAAGAAGUGACUUCACUCUGAGCUCGGGAGAUUUUCCUUCGUUGGGAUCAGAAAAGAGUGAUGAGCCAAAGUCACAACAAGGUCAAACCCCCAAAGCUCCCACUCCUGCAUUGGGUGCAUCUUCAAGUUCGAAAGGAACGACCGAAUCUCUUUUAACCAGUGGUAAUGGAAAUCCAGGUCUGGCUCUGCAUGGAAAUUUUAACAGCUGGAAUGCAGAUACUCAUCCACAUGCUGGAGAAGGAUCUUCAAGUAGAACAGAGAACUGGCAUAGGGAAAAUCACAGUCCACAGCAUCUAUUAGACGCAAGUAUGCCAGCUCGACAAUAUGGGCCUUGGCAUGGUCCUCCUGCUCACCAUUCUAAUGUAGUUUGGUAUGGAGGGCACGAGGCUGGUGGUUUUUAUAGACCACCAUUUGCUCCUCCGGGUAGUUAUCAUGCUGAUCCAUAUUAUCCUUAUGUUCCAGCUGGGGCUCUACCUAAUACUCAAGCUUUCCCAAGAGCAGAAGCUAUUCCAGAUGGAAUCCACCUUAAGAAAGGUGAAGCCUAUAGGCACAGGCCUCCAGAAUCAUACAUUGCACACGGACAGUCAGGGAACCCUAUAAGGCCUGGAGUAUAUCCUGGCCCAGUUCUUUAUGAAGGAUGCUAUGGACCCACUCAGUCGAGCUUUGACAAUUCCUCUGAGCAAGAUGGUUCCACUUUGGGAAUGCCAGGGCAGUAUGGUGUUCAUAACCAACAUCUUUCUGAAAAUCUGAGAUAUCAACCUUGGAGGUUUCAUGCACAGCCUGAUGGAUCUGGUCCAGUGAUGACCAAGCAACAGAUGAUCUCUAGCCAAGCAAAUGGAACUCAAGGACAAUAUAAGGUUCUACUAAAACAUCAUGGAAGUCCAGAAGAGAAAGAUAUAUUUGGGAAGGAGCACACUGUAACAGUUUGGUCUGCUGCUCAGAGGGGAAAGCAACCUGGUUUCUCAACAACAGAGCCAGGCUUGCUAGACAAUGGCUACAAACAAGAACAAACUACUGAAGAAUGGCACGAUGAGGUUUCCCAUUCUCAACAUCCUAAUGAUUUGGUAGAUCAGAAUAAUAAAAACUCUUCUGGAACUUCCAAGUAUGCUGGUCAAAAUGUAAAGAAGAAGCUAGAUAAUGCAGCUGUCCACAGUAGUGAUCAACAGAAUGCCAUUGUUAAAAAGAAUGCCAGUCUCAUGGAAAAGGUUGAAGGCUUGAAUAGUAAAACACGGGUUGUGGAUGUCCACCUUGAGGGCGAAAAUUUUCCUACAAAGGAGAUGAGAAGUAAUCAAAAUUCAAGCAGUGAUGAAGGUCAUUUUGAGGAGGUUGGUCCAGCAAAUUCUAGCUCUGCUGACAAUUCUAGAAAUGUAGGUGCAAGCAAGUUGAACACACCUACAAAAGUUAUAAUACAUGAGUCAGUUCUUGAGCUGAAACCUACUCAUCAAUGGGAUGAACUGGUCAUUGAGCCUGGUAAGUCAAACUAUUCAGAAGAUUGUGGGCAGUCACAGUCUCAUAACCAGAAGAGAGUCCGUAACACAAAAGGGAGGGUUGAUCAGCACGGAAAAUUGAAAUUUGGUAGUUAUGGUGCCAAUGAUACGAAUAAUACUCUUGAAAGGGAUUCUUUUGAGAAAACUAGAGUGGCAACUGGUAAAAGUGGAUAUUUGUUAUCUAUACCUCAUUCACAUGCAUCUCAAGUGGUUCCUGAGGACCAGGGUUCUCAUCUUAGUUUCAAUUCUGUCAGUGAUCCAUCCUCUUUGAAAUCUGUUGAUCUUGAUGUCCAGCAGCAUUCUAAGCUAAAAGAACCGGCAAUGCAGCGUGCCAUAGAACUCCAGAAGGAAGAGGAGGAGCGAACAGCUGAGCAGAAGGCAAAAGCUCUGGUUAAAUUAUCUGAAUUGAACAAGCGAGUAUCAGCAAAUUCAAAGCAUAAUUCAAGACAUGAUCAACCACUGUGCAAUGACAACCCAAUUAAGCCUGACACUACAUCUGGUAAGGAUGUGAAAUCUAAUGCUGUUAGCCAAACUCUCCAUGGUGGCUCUUUGUGUGAUUCUCAAGUGAAAAAGCAUCCUAAUGACGGCAACAUUAUUAAGCUCAGAGAUCCAGCUUAUUUAUCAUUUACUCAGCCUACUGGGACUUCAGACUCUGUCAAAGCUCAUGUGUCCAUAGGUGAGCAGUCAAGGCAAUUGUGUCAAGAGGGUACUCCAGAAAUUAUUACAGCAAGAUCUGCCUCAGAUUUGCAGGACAGUAUCGUUUCAAAACGUAAACAAGCAUGGAACAGAAGAAGACGAAAUUUUACAGAUGAGCGUAACCAGUCUGAGAAGUUUACCAAUUCUGAGAGUAGUGGGAACACAAAAUGUGCUUCCAUGGUCAUUGAAGAGGCAUCAGACGGUCUUGAAAUUCAAAGCAGUGAUCCCCCUGUUCAGGUUAGUAAGAAUAAUCGUGGUCCCAAGUAUAAGAAUAAGUUGAGUGAUACUCAAUUAAACUCAACGCAUCUUGAAGGCUACUCGGGAAAAUUUGAUGUGGAUAGUGAUGAAAUCAAGCACUCACCCAAAUUGUUGGAACCUCUGUCAGUUGCAGAAAAUAAUUCGAAUGAAAUCAUGAGAGGUCAGGAUUCCAUUGAUUUAAUGGUUGAACCUAAUCAAGCUGGGCCUGAACCAACCAAAAUAACUACCGAGAGGGCAAGCAACUGGAAACAUCAACCUCAUAGGAACUCAGCGAGGAACUUGCAAUCUGAUAAAGCAAAUGCGAAGUAUCAAGGUAGCGAAACUGUGGUCUGGGCGCCUGUAAAGAUGGUAAGCAAGGAUGGAUCAUCUGAAGUUCACAAGAGCAGUGCAAAUGAAGUAACAAAUCUUCCAGAUGGGAAGAAUGCACAAGACAUGCAUAAUGGCGCAAAAGCUAGAAGGGCAGAGAUAGAGAGAUAUGUUCCUAAACCCAUUGCAAAAGACUCCCAGCAGUCAUCUCCCUCAAUAGCUCCAUCAUCUUCUGCUGAUAAGAUGGGGAAGCGUGAAUUGGCUUCAGCAAGUGCUGUAACUGGCAGAGAUGUUAGCUCUACGGUUGCAAAACCUGCAUUGAAUUCUAUGAAUACAGAAGAUACUAAGCAAAGCAGGCAUGGCAAGACACAACCGUCAUGGCGUCAAAGAAAUUCUGGCGAGUCUCCAUCACUUGAACAGUGUGUACUAGAAGGUAGUCUAUCCUCUGGAUCUUCUAAAUUUCUUGAGAAGACAUCUGAGCUCCACCAUUCAAGGCCUGGUGAUGAUGUGCAUGUUGAAGGUGGUAAUAAUCUGCAGGGUGAGUCUAUAGGCAUUGUUGAAGAUCACGGGAUGACCAGACAGAGAAGACAGCAAUUUAAAGAAGUCAGGGUUGAUGGAAGCAGCUGUACUCCUCAUAGCAAAGUCUUACAGGGUGAAGUGCCUAACAAAAAAGAAAUGCAGUCUGCAGCUCCAGCUGACUCUGGUGAGAGGAAUCAUUCAAGAAAUGAAAGCCAGAAUGCUUCUUCUGGUCAUGUGAAGUCUCAUUGGCAACCUAAAUCUCAGGUUCAUUCCCAGCAGUAUGUGCAUGGUUAUAAAGGCAGUGGAGGGCAGAAAGCUGCUGAGAAGAUGAUGCCUUCACGAACCAUAGAGAAAAAUCUUGACGACAGUGGUUCUGUUGUUCAGAGAAACAUGAUUGAAGUAGAUGACAUGAAACAUCAUGAGGCCUAUAGAGAAAUAAAGGCAAUACCAAAUGAGCUGAAAAAUCAGGAGGGUGCCAAGGAAAGAAAGGUAAUGUACCAGCCUUCAAAAGAUCAAAAUCAGUUCAUAGACUCUGAUUUGACCGCCCCUACUGAAUCAGCUUCUGCAAACGCUAACAUUCACCAAGACUAUCUUGGUGUGCCUCGACGCGGACAAAAUCGUGGUCAUUUUCCUAGAGGGGGAGAUGCUAUGUAUGGAGGCAGUAAAAAAGCUCACUUGACGAGGAAUGCUGAACAGCAUUUUGAGUACCAGACCGGUUACAAUAAAGAUGGUGACAUAUUUCAUGAGAACUUCAGUCCCUCUGAAGAACCAUCAGAAGCUCACAGGGUUUCAUCUGGAUCAAGAUAUGGCAUGCAAGGUCGCAACCACUCUAGGCGAGCUGGUCAUUUCUAUAGGCCUCAGCGCGGUGCUUCAGUUCGUGUGAACGGUGCUUAUGACAUUGGAGGGUGAGUUGCAGAUUGCUCUAAAUGCCAUAACGGUCUGAUUUUAGCUACAUAAAAGUAAACCUUGCAGUCUGUGAGAUCUGGAGCUUAUGGUGGACUUUAUGUUGAUGGCAGAGAUUCUGAUGGUUGAGUUGCUUUCAGGCCUGAGCUAUCUCACAGGUUAGUUUAUGCAUUGGAUGUAUUGGUGAUUUUUUUUGGUUUUUCUCAGAACUGUUUUGCCCUUUUUAUCUAACUUGGAUCCUUCUCUUGGGAGAUGCAACUUGAGUUUAAUAGUUUAUCCUGGGAAGAUGGAUUCUGUUAUGGUUCUUUUUUCCUUCUUCUGUUCUUCCCUAAUUGUCUCAGUUGCUUCUUUGGAAGUACUUGGAAGUGGCAAUUUGUGUAUAUACUGUCCCGAAGAAUGGACAUUACUCUACAUCCAGACUGUUUGGAAAAAAUGAAGGUCUCUUUACCUUGCUUUUCUGAGCAGAGGGGGACUUUUGCGCAAAACUUUCUGUUCAUCUGCUUGAUGGGAUUUCAUGUUUUGUCGAGAUUUCCAACUUUUAGGACAGUUUGUUUUGGUUCAAACAUUUGGAAAUCUGUUUUAGCUGAAUUUUGGCAUUGGUUUUAUG